UCCCAAACAUGGCGGACGUGAAGAAUUUAGGUGGACUUUUGCUCCAAAUAAUCUACUUUUCCACCGGAUUACUCGCUUUUAAUUUGGACACAAAUAUUCCAAUCGUUAAGAAAAGUAAUUCUCCGGGUGACUACUUUGGAUUUUCCGUCGCCCAGCAUCAAAUUCCUUCUCAAGGAGCCGUCACCGGCAGUGUACUUCUAGUUGGUGCUCCAAAGUCUGAUUUGGUUGGUGGUCCAGUGCGGAAUACAGGCGUGGUCUAUCGAUGUCCGGUGACUACAUUAACAGCAGACUGUACCCAGUUACGAAUAGAUGCUGAGCCGCCAUUAGAUGGAGAGGAUAAAGAGGAUGAAUGGCUGGGUGUGACGGUAAAAAGUCAGGGGCCGGGCAAAAAAGUCUUGGCGUGUGCCCAUCGAUAUAAACAUAUAGGACCAAGUCGUACUGACAUCCAGUUUAUAUGGGGUCUUGGUUUAUGUUACACGUUAUAUAACACAUUAGAUGAGGACUCAGUCCACAAUCCGUGCAGUGGACGCUCAGUGGUCAGUGGCCAUGAGGAGUUUGGAGUCUGCCAGGCUGGUACUAGCGGAUUUCUUACCGAUGAUGAUCGUAUUCUUAUUGGGGCACCUGGGCCUUACAACUGGCGAGGUGCUAUCUUCAAAAAUUCUAUUGAAGACAACCUCAAUGCUGACACCUGGUGGUAUAAAAGCACACUACAAAACCAAAAACGGGCGACCGAUCUUCCCCCUCCUGUUGAUAUUUACUCGUAUCUCGGUUACUCAGUGACAGCCGGUAAAUUCCUAAACAAUGAGAUGACGUACGCGUCAGGGUCGCCACGCGCCAACGAGACUGGCCGUGUUGUCUUAUUCACCGAGAACAAAGUGCCCAAGUAUCUUAAGUUUGAGCCGCAGCAUAUCCUUAAAGGCGAGCAGUUUGGGUCGUACUUCGGGGCAGAGGUUCUCUCGAUUGAUGUCAACAAUGAUGGACUCCUUGAUCUGGUGAUUGGAGCUCCGUUUUAUCAUGGCACUCGUGUUGGUGGCAAGAUCUACAUCUAUAUGAACUCAUUGCCUCAGGGCAUCACAGACAAGACAGUGCCGGUCGAGAUCACCAGCCGCAACAUGAAUGAGAAGGAGUGUAUGGAACUUGGCUGUGAGCACGCUCGGUUUGGAUUCUCACUGGCCAACCUGGGAGACUUGAACAGGGAUGGAUAUGAUGACCUUGCUGUUGGCGCCCCCUAUGAGGGGAAUGGAACAGUGUAUAUCUUCAAUGGUGGAAAAGAUGGCAUCAAUACAGAAUACUCACAGAGGAUCCCAGCCUCCAGCAUCCAAGGUCCCUCGGACCUGAAGACGUUUGGUUACUCACUCUCAGGUGGACAGGACAUGGACCACAAUGGCUACCCAGAUCUGUUAGUCGGUGCGUACGAAUCAAAUCAUGCCCUUCUCCUCCGGGCGCGACCAGUCGUGAACAUUUUCUCUGAGUUUAAGACGUCUCCCAAGAUGGUCAACCCAAAGCAGGAGACGUGUGCGGCUGGUAUCUGCUUCAAGAUGGAGCUGUGUUUCAGGUUUACGGCUGAACCGAAGAACAAAUUUGCAGCAGUAAGGCCCACCAUACAUUACACAGUGAUCGCUGAGAGAUACGAAGGUGGCUUUUCAUUCUCCCGUGUCAUGUUCAAACAGGCACAGGAUAAUGAGAAACGCUACCAGGUGUCUGGAACGCUUCAACUCUUCACCCAAGAUCGCAACAUGAAGAAAUGUAUCAACGAGGAGGCUUUCAUUGAUCCGGCAACAAAGGAUCUGUUGAACCCUAUCAACUUCAUGAUCACGUACGGCUUGGAAGAGAAGAUCCCACCCCCACUCAUCCCCGGACAACCACUCCCUGAGAUCAAUGACUACCCUACAUAUAACUCCAAGGAUGCCACACAGAUGUACAUGCUUGACUUUGAGAAGAACUGUGGCAAAGACAAUGUGUGCCGGAGUGACCUUGAGGUGACGUACAGCAUUGACAACCUGGAAAGGCUUGAUUUCGCACGUGAAGGACCUAACAAGUACGUGCUGAGUCUGGGUGAACACUCUGAGGUUACCUUGAGAUUCCAUGUGAAGAAUCGUAAGGAGGAUGCCCACGCUGCUGAGUUCCAUCUUUGGCAUCCGAGGGAAUUCAAAUACAGACUUAGCACGGAUAUUGUCUGCAAUACUGUCGAAAAUGUAAAGCAUUACUUACUCUGUAACCUUGGCAACCCAAUGAAUUCUGGGAAAAGCAAGGAUUUUGGCAUCACGUUCUACACGUACAGUGUGACAAACUCUGAGAAGGAUCUGCCGUUCAACUUCACCGUCAAUACAACUAGUACCGAUGUGAAUAGUAACAUUCAGAUGUCCAUGUCGAUCAGAGUGGUGGUCAGGACUGAUAUCCUUAUCAGGGGUGGCUCAUCCCCCGAGCAGGUCUUCUAUGGCGGAGAGGUGAAGGGAGAGAGUGCCAUCAGGAUUGAGAAGGAGAUUGGUAGCCCCCUCGUCCACAGCUACGAGGUGAUCAACACUGGUCCUGGUACCGUACCGAGCUCCUCAGUGGAUAUCUUCUGGCCGUAUGAAGUAGAGAAUGGCUUAGACCAAGGCAAACAUCUUCUCUACCUCAUGCAAGAGCCACAGGUUGAGGGUGCUGAUGGUCGCUGUAUCAUGCAGGAAGGCCAGGUUAACCCUCUCGGAAUAGCUAUUAACGAACAGCUGAUGCUGAAGCCUAGUCGGUACACACCAGAUAAUGUAGCACAGUCGAAAGUGGUCACCAAUACCUCAUCCCCAGCCUACACUCUGGCCGAUGGCAAGUCAAGGAAGAAACGUGCCGUUGUCAUUGAACCAGUGGAGGUUGUUGGACCCGGUGGCAAGAAGAUGAUGGUGGUAACACUUGACUGUGAUCAGCGCUCAGCAGGAUAUAGCACAGCUAAAUGUUUCAAGUUUACGUGCCAGAUAGGCACGCUGUUAAAAAAUAAGCGGGCAGUUAUUCGGAUUAGAGCGAGACUGUGGAAUGCUACUUUUAUAGAGGAUUACCCAAAUGUGGACUCCGUGCGAAUUUUAUCCAAAGCUCAAGUCAAGUUAGAUCCCAAGGAUAACAUUCAACAGGAGAAGGAGUCUAAUGAUUUAGCUUAUGCAUUAACGGUAGCAUACCCCGAGAGGAAGGAAGCUGCCAAGGAACAGGUGCCGUUAUGGAUCAUCAUCGUGGCUGCCAUCGGUGGCGUCUUAUUACUCCUCUUACUCAUACUCAUACUCUGGCUGCUUGGUUUCUUCAAGAGGAAGACUCCAGGUGAAGACGUGGAUGAUUUGGAUGGACCGAUGCAUGAAGUCACCGUCUCAAAGAAAAAUAAAUACAAUGAUCAUAGUGAUGGUUACAAUUAACACCGGCAGCUCAGAGGAUAAGAAAAUCUCAACUCUUUCAAUUAUUAUGAAUGUUGUAGCCAGGCAAUGUACAGGCUGAGGAUGGCUCUGGUUACAGGGUAUAGUAGGAGGCUUGAUAUCAAUUAAAAAACCUUUUGGACAUCUGUAAUCUAAAUUCUUCUUUUCAAUUAAAAACCCCGCAACAGACUGAUUGUCGUAGUCAUCCUCAGCCACUAAAGAUCCUGUUUACUCAUGCCAUUACUGUAAUCGUUAAAGGAUGCAGAAGUGAUUUUAGAAAGUGGCGUUACGAUGUGGCUUCAAAUAGAGUAGAAGCGCCACCUAUGUCAAGGUUCUAGCCCCUGGGGAAUCAGGCAAUCAAAGGAUAAGAGUUGACCAAACAAAAAUCUCAGUUUUCAGUAGAAUUGUUUUAAACAGUAAAUCUCUAGUCGGAGGGUAUCGUGUAAAUAUGAAGGCCAACUAGGAAAUCACUCGCUCUCAGUGAUGGUCAUUCUGCCAUAGCAGACCUUAGGGGUGAUUCUUAGGGACUUUGAUUGAGGGUAUUCAAGGCCACCUGUGGGAGGAUGGUGAUGACAUUGGGAGAACUGAUUUUAAACUUGUAAAUGAUGCAAUAGUUGUAAUCAAGGGGAUUCAGGAUUGCAAUUUCUGAUGAGAAUUUUUAUCAUGGGGGGGGGGUGGGGUUAAUGGGUUUAUUCUUGUAAUUAUGAUGAUUUUAAUGAGCAUUACGUUACUGCAGUAAUGUCAUACCAGUUUGUGUCUUUGGGUAAACAAUGCUGGUGCCACUAUGAAUAUUACUGCUUGGUAGGUGAGUUCAGGGUAUUGAGUGAACAUGCCAAUCUCACCGAGAUAUCAUGGACGUUAGAUGGGUGCCACAGGCAAUGCCAAGUUCUGUGAAAAUGUUUGUCGAGGAAUCUUUCAAGACUAUUUAAAUAUUGAAUCAACAUUUAUAGACAUAUGAUAACGCAAUGUAGUCAGUGCCACAUUCCCAAAUAGGGGGCGCCUCUAGUUGAUCUAUUUAUAGACAUUUGCUAGUAAAAUAAUUGACAAAAUAGCAUUAGUGCUUUUACUAGGAAAUAUUUUAGUGCUAAUUAAUUACAUAUGAUGUGGGAAUAUAAAUAUUUUCAUUAACGUGUGGUCUAUUGUGGUGCAGAAAUGUCAUGGGCAUUUGGUCUGAAAUUGGCAGCCAGAAUCUGUCCAUGAAAUAGUAUUUUAGUUCUAAAAAGGCAUCCAUUGGUCUCUCCUGGUGUUGUAAACGUAUCCUCGUGUCUACGGUGAAUUGUAUGUAAAUUAAUGCAAAUGACUUUGCUGCUGAUUUUUCUACUUCUGUCUUCGGCCUCCUUCACUAGUUAUGCAAAUGCACCAAACUGCACCAACAUUCUGUCCCGUUAUUGAGAGUCCAUUUAGGGUAGCACUUUGCCAUUUUUCUCAUACACAUAUUUUGGUGGUAUAUUAUUCUCCACAGUUUUUCUGGUAAAUUCUUUGGUAAGCUAAUCAGUAUUCUACUAUGUGUCUCAGUGUCAAGUUCAUAUUGCCCUUUAUUGGCCAAUUUAUCAACAGAUCACAUGCCUAUGUCUUUAGACCACAUGCCCAUGAUACGUGACAUGCAAGUUUUUUAAACGUCUGAUUCUACUUUGAAACUGUAAUGUUUGAAUGCAUUUAUAAUAAACGUGUACAUUAUCUCACUAAACACUGUAUAUUUUAAUCGCAUAUAAAGACACCACUAACGUCUGUGUACAUAUUCAUUGAUGACACUGAUAUGAUCUGUCUGAUAUUGAGAUCUUUUAUCACCGAAUCUCUUAGUCAAGUGUUAUCAUACAAGAUGCCUUCCUAGGCCCGUUGGGUCUUUAACAAUUAAGAGUUGAAUUCACUUCCUUCCUGAUCAGCGCCUCUGCUGGUUGAGCUCGGUUGUGUGGCAACAAAAUGGCCGACUUCUUGUGUCAGUUGAUGAUUCUGUCGUAAUGUCAGACGCCUCAAUGAAAUCAACAGGGGCUGAUUCCAUAACUCUGUGAUGUUCAGCCAGUCGACCACAAGAGGCGCUCAUCUAGAAAGAGGUUUCUUGGUGAUUUCACACUGUAUAAAACAUGCACUUAGGUUAUCCAAUAUUGAAUGUCUGAUUUGAAGGCAACUCAUGUCUCUUCAGUCAGUAGAGUAGUUGCCUGUGUUAAAGGGGCAAUAUAAACUGGGGCUAGGAGACCCAUUGUUGGCCUCCAAGUGUGCUGGACACUCGGUCUGGGUGGACUUGGUGAAAGAAGUGUUCCUCUUUCAAGAGUCACAUUAUAUAAGACCCGGCCACCCGGCACCGACGAUCAUUUGGCCCUUCAUUUAUAUCAUCAUAAAGACCCAACUCCACAUGUCCCGCUGCGUAUGCGCGAGGCCUUUGUUAUUUUAUGCCACAUAGUUACAUUUGUCAUGAUACGCAGUGUGAGACACUAAUGUGGAGGAAGGCCUAUUGUCUAUGUCGAUUCACUCUCAUUUUCAUAACUCUUGUUCAUGUUUCAACUCUUCUGCUCACUGGCAUGAUGGUUUUCCGUCGAGUCUUGUGGCGCCAUCUGUUAAGGUGCAAGAGAAACACUUCGGUGACACGUACGUGGAGAGACUGUAGUGACGUCAACCACAGACUCUCUGACUUAUUUUGACCUGAUAUCAUCUCCACAGGCACUCUGCCAAUCUAACUUGGUCUUGUGAGAUCCAUUUGAUCCAAAGUGGCAAAGAUAUACACUGCACUGAUCACCAACCUGGGCUGAUCUGAAGUGACCAUCUCGUCCACUCUCGUCUCCUGUCAGAAGAGUUGAUGGAUGAAAACAGUCCAUGCAACUGAUCUCUUUAUUGUAAGCUUUAUAUGUCGCUGUCAUUUUAUAAUAUUCAUCAGGAGAUUUUGAUAAUAGACUAUUACGCCAUUGGUUAGAGCCUGCUGAAGUCGUAGGUGGUUGUGAAUGUUGCUGGCCUUGCUCCCUUUUGAAAGUCUCAUGUUUGACAAGGAAUGAAUGAGCCUGCAUGGCCACUCUGUGUUAAUGGUGCUUAACCUCAGACAAGGCUGGUAGAUCUUCACACCAUCUGUGACAAAGCUAUUUGUAAUGCUGUUGACCCUUUUCUAUCCACGUACAACGGCAAUAACCGAUACUCAGUAUUCUCAUCAAAUUCUUCCAAAGAUAUAACUUCUAUUUAUUGGCAAGUUCCUUGUGUAUUUUAGAGACAUGAUUAUAUGACACGUUACUAAUAUUACUGUUUGUAAUUGUUGCCAAAGUGAGAUAUCAAAGUUGUGAUUGACUGUACCAACGGGUGUGGUAAAGAAAUGAGAAGGUUGCUGAAUACCUUACCCCGUACACAGAAACGACGGUGUCCUGAAAUAGCCUUUGGUAGACGGUGUAAGAGUAAUAAGUUACCCUUGGUGGUCGAUCGUAAUUGCCUCCAGAUGAUGUUUUUGGAAUAUAUCUCACUUCGUGUGACAUAUUUGUAAUGGCACAUUUGUUAUUGAGAAAUUCACUUGAUUCGUUUUUUCCUCAUAUACAUUACAGAACUAUCUACAUAUAAGGUACGGUGCUACUUAGUGUGUUAGCCGUGUUAAGUACAUUUACACAGCUGGAAGCAAACAUUACAUAUGCAGUGUCCUAUACAAGGAUUGUAAGCCAUCGGAAAUCAUUGCUGUUUUCAGAUUGUUCAUGCACAAGAGAGAGUCAGGUGUUGGUUUGGGAGUUGGUUAUGCUUAUCUUAGUCUUCUCCCUUUGGUGGGGAAGCAGUGCAUCCACGUGGAAUCCACUCUCAUUGGCUGAUUUAUAUAUAUGAUCAGUACAAGCUACAUGUACACAAGUCCUUCCCAAAGCAUUCAAUCACGUCCUAAGGAAGCUUCUUCGGAGGGAUAUUGAUGCAAGAUAUCCAACAUGACGUUUCCUGGCUUGUAGAAAUGAUUACUAUCGAACCAAAGAGACCACGGGAUGAGUCAAUUUUGUAAAUUGAGUCGAUUAGUUUUUUUGUAUUUUUAUUACUCAUGCUUUGUUAUAUGAAUGUAGUAAACUUGUGAUUUCGAAAAAUAAAUAUUUAUAACUAUAACUAUAAA